AUGGCAGGCAACGUAUUCCAGACGCAACCAAGCGCAACGCGCAACCCGCCGCUCACGUCGCAAAGAGGAGGACAGACGGCGAAGCUGGGAGGAGGAGGAGCAUCAAGCUGGGCUUUUGGCAUGCCCAUGGGAGCAGGAGCCCCGGGCCUCAGUGCCUCUUCACGUACACCACUUGCCGGUUUUGCACAAGCCAUAGGCGCGUCCGCCUCGCAAGCUCCGCUCGAUCUCUCGUACGUCCACCAUCUUCCAUUGCGUCCAUCCCAUCCCAGCCAUCCAUUACCCAACCCCAUCAUUACCUUGCAUUCUCAUGUCUNNGCCGAAAGAGGCGAAUCGCUCAGGAGGGGCACGGGUCGCAAGAGCAACAGGAAUCGCAGAUAUAUGAGUCUCGACCUGGAAAAUGAUGCCGACUACAAUGCUCGCAUGCUGGGCAUCGCCCAUCGCAUCCCCUCCGGCCUCUCUGAGAGCACCAUGACUGACCACGCAUACAACAGCGAGUUCCCAUCGCUCGGCCCGCAGCCGCAGCAGGCCAAUGUCUCACAAGCUUGGAACACCACCGCCCUGCGCACCCCUCAACAAGCCCCUGCUCAGCGCGCAACUCCGUCGCAACAGCAGCCUGUCCAGCAGUCUCAGCAGCAGCCGCCGCCCCAACCCCAGCAACAACAACAACAACAACAACAACAACAACAACAACAACAACAACAGCAACAGCAACAGCAACAGCAGCGCUCUGUGUCUGCCCAAACCCACGAGUCACAGCAGCACGAUUCUUUGAACCUAGAGACGCAGUACGAUGGCCAGUCACCGACUUCUGCCCGCGCCGGCAGCGAACAGCCCGCAGACGAAUUUCCACCUCUUAGCAACCAGGCUCAAUUAAACGGACGUGUCAACGGCUACUCUCACGAGGACGACGCAUUCGGCUCGGAAGCAUCACGUCCCAGACCCGCCAACCCGCCGGGCAUCGACCACCAGUUGGGCUUGAUGCAGCAACAGCCACCCAUCGGCCAAGCUAGCAUACAACAACAGCCCUCACAACACUCGUCCAGCUUUGCGCCCCAGAUGGUCGACGCUCCCAUCACCAACCAAGCCGCCCCACAACAGUUGAAGCCCUACGACGACAUGACCGAGGCUGAGAAGUGGGGUCUACCUGGUCUGCUGGCCAAGAUCCGCAGUAACGAUGCAUCGUCCGCCUUCACCAUGGGCGUCGAUAUCAACUCGUUAGGCCUUGACUUGGACAGCCCGGAACCGCUGUUCGCCACCUUCUCAACCCCUUUUGCCGACAAUCGAUCACGCCCCGUCAUUCCCGAGUUCACGCUGCCUGGUGGCUACACGGUGACUAACGUUCCAGCGCUGGCUUCGCGCAUGAGUGCCUUUUCUGAUGAGACACUUUUCUUCGUCUUCUACCAGAACCCCAGAGACGUCGUGCAGGAGCUCGCUGCCGGCGAGCUGUACAGCCGCGACUGGCGUUGGCACAAGGAGUUGCAGCAGUGGAUGAUGAAGGACAGUCAGAUGGCUGCUCCCCUUCGCGUCAGCGAGCGCAGUGAGCGUGGCGUCUACAUCUUCUUCGACGCCAACAACUGGAGACGCGAGCGUAGAGAUGUUCUGCAGACCGCCUCGACUUCCGAUGUUCGCCCAGUUACCCUCACUGCGCGCUCCUCUUCCAACACCCGCAACCUUUCUUCUGUUGGUACUCCAGUGUCAACUCACAUCCGCCCCGCUGCGUAUCCUAUACCUCGUCCGUCUGGCUUCCCCCCCAACGACGCUCAGUCAAGUCCUUCAUCUUUUGGACCAGACCCCUACGCCUCCUCAUGGUCGACUCCUAUGCGUUCAGCUACUUCUUCCACAACUCGUCCUCCGCCUGGCUUGAGCAUUCCCACAAACCCGCCUACUGGCUUGAACAUUCCUUCAGAUGUACCUCCUGGCUCUAGUAUUCCAGCCCGCGCACAAGCUCAGCCACGCCCUCGUGGCUACCAGCCCUACGUCUUUGGUCACCUCGCCUUCGAUUACAUUGCUGGUGAGAUAAAGAGAGCGGACGAGAUGAGAAAGAAGGCCGAUUCUCAGGGGAACAAUGGCUCUACUCAGUGA